AUGUCAUAUAGAAAUCUUGACCAAAGUUCCGGAAGCAACAUAAGUCUAACCCCAAAUGGAGAAAAGCAAAAAAGACGACACUUGUGGAAAAUAGUACUUGUCGCGCUCGUUUUAAUUGCUGCUGGUGGUGCAUCAGUUUACUUUUUUGUCAUCAAAAACAACAAACCUCAAAACGAUAAUGUAGUUACAAACGACCAGCCAAACGACAAUCCUUUAUCCUCAAACAAUUCUACUAACCCAUCCCAAAAUUCGACCGAUACAAACGGAGCGAACCUUUUUGAUGAUUCACAUGCUCCAAACAAUUAUACACCCCCAAUAAACCAGCCCUUCCCUUUCGGCAAGCAAGCAAUUCGUGGUGUCAACCUCGGCGGAUGGCUUGUCCUCGAACCAUUCAUCACCCCAUCCUUGUUUACUGCUGCAGGCGUUAUCGACGAAUGGACUCUUUGUGCUUCUCUUGGUCCAACGGAAGCGAAAAAGGUCAUGGAUAACCAUUAUGCCACUUUUUAUACCGAGGACGAUUUUAAGCAAAUUGCUAGCUAUGGUUUGAAUUUCGUAAGACUUCCAGUUGGAUACUGGGCCGUUGAUAUAGUAGACGGAGAGCCAUAUGUACCAGAUUUAAGUUGGACUUACCUGUUGAAGGGAAUUAAUUGGGCUAGAAAAUACGGAUUGAGAGUGUUGCUAGACUUGCACGCGGUUCCCGGAAGUCAGAAUGGAUGGAAUCAUAGCGGCAAACAGGGAACCGUCAACUGGCUUAGUGGACCUAAUGGUCAGGCGAACGCUCAACGAUCACUUCGUAUUGUCCAAAAACUGGCAACGUUCUUCAGUGAUCCCAAGUACAUGCACGUUGUCCCUUUCUUUGGGGCGGUCAAUGAGCCCAGAGUAAAUUUCGGUGGUCUCCAGCAAAAUGCUGUACAGAACUGGUACUUACAGGCUUAUAAGACAAUUCGAGGUGUGAAUACUACUGCGGACUGGCAGCCAUGGAUAAUAUUUCAUGAUGGAUUCGUUGGAUCUGAUCCUUGGACCGCAUUAAAAGGACUUGAUAGAGUUGUUCUUGAUACCCAUAGCUACAUCGCGUUUGACCCCAAUAUGGCUAAAGCUCCACCAACCACUCAGAUAGUCUUCCCAUGCGCUAAAUGGGGUCCUGCUCUCCAAGCCUCCAAACAAAUAGUACCAUUCGCUAUCACUGGAGAAUGGUCUAUAUCGACUAACGACUGCGCAACAUUUCUAAACGGUGUAGAUGGCAAGCCAGCCUAUGAAGGUUCCUGUCCGACAUGCACGUGUGCUGGUACCCUUGAUUAUAAAAACUACAGCGCUCAGACAAAAGAUUUCAUGAAACAGUUUUUCCUUGCUCAAGUUGAUGCCUUUGAGAUGGGGGGAGGCUGGUUCUUUUGGACUUGGAAGACUGAGAAUCAUGUUAAUCCUACUUGGGACUAUCAACUUGGAGUGGAACAAGGGUGGAUUCCUCAAGACCUCCAAAACCGUCAAGUAACAUGUGCGGGACUCAAGCAGCAAUAUCCAAACGUAUUUGCUUCUUUCAAUUAA